AAUAGUAAUUAAAUAACUAUGUUCAUGAAUAAACGUGAUCGGUUACUUCCUCUUUGAUUGAAUAUAUCCUUUGAUAAUUUGAUAAUUACACGUCUGUGUACAUACUACGAAAUAUUUGGAAAAUUGGAAAUUUUAUUUUUUCUUAUUUUUUCAAAUUUACUGACUUUUCGUUGAUGUAGAUGUGCCAAUAUACUAAAACUAUUUGAUGAUAUUAAAGGGCUGAUACGGUGUAUCAGGUCACCCGAGCUUGAAUACUGACAAUAUGGCAGAUAAAGAUGAUGAUGAGUUAAACCUGCCAAGAGCUGCCCUAAAUAAGAUGAUUAAAGAGACACUGCCCAAUAUAAGAGUGGCUAAUGAUGCAAGAGAACUUGUCCUAAACUGUUGUACAGAAUUUAUUCAUCUGGUCUCCUCAGAGGCUAAUGAUAUUUGCAAUAAGCAACAGAAGAAAACAAUAUCACCAGAGCAUGUCCUAGCAGCAUUGGACAGUCUAGGGUUUGUAGGUUAUAAAGAGGAAGCACAAUGUGUUCUACAAGACUGCAAGGCAGUUGCAGCUAAAAGACGGAGAGCUAGUACACGGUUAGAGAAUCUUGGAAUCCCUGAAGAAGAAUUACUUCGUCAGCAACAGGAAUUGUUUGCUAAGGCACGUCAAGAACAGGCAGAGGUUGAGCAGAGAGAAUGGCAGCAAAUGCAGCUUCAGGCACAACACGUUGCAGCGCAGUCUGUUCCUAACAAAGACAAUGAUUCAGUUGAUGAUGAUGAUGAUUAUUCAUAGCAAAGAGAAUCAGGGUCACAACUCACAACCAUUAGAUCAUUAUUCCUGAAUUUCAAAUGACUUUAAUGAUGCUUGAAUCAUGAGGAAUAUGAUUUUUUAUUCAGAUUCAGGAUAUUUUUGAGGAAUGGCCUCUAAGAUGCAUCAAAAAUAUUUAAAACAGACCAUUUGUCAUAUUAUUUUCUUUACUUGGAUAUACAUCUUUACAAUCAAGAAAUUAUUACAGUAUCUGGUCUGUAUUGAUUAAAUUUUCAGUGCGUACUGAAAAAUGUUUUGGGCAAGUGGAAAUAUUUCCAUUUAUUGGAAAAUGUAUGGUGAUGAACCUAUAAAGCUUAAGGAUACAAUGACAAUAUUAUCCUGUAGAGUAGAUGUACAUGUAGGUCUUGAUCAUUCUUUUAGAAAAUAUUGAAUAUAUCUUCAGGUGUUAUGUUAUGAGUAACUUAUGAUUGGUAAUACAGUUUUCUGUAAAUGUAACCUUUCUGUAGAUUGAAUAUACAUGAAGGUCAAGGAAUAUUUGAAGACAAAUAUAAUGAAAUCAAAAAUCCAAGAAUAUGAUUUUUGAAUCUUUAAUACUGCUCACCAUGAUGAUUAGAUUUUAGCAAAUCGAACACUCGUU